AGCAAUGCUUCGGGUUGGGAAUCUCUGCGAGGCUGCGGAUGUGAGCAUGUGCACACAGAUCCGUCUCCCAGCAGCGACUAGGGAAAUGAUUUUGAAAAGACCUGAAUGCAUAAGACUAAAGUUAAAGCAGAAGUGAGAACAACAACAACAACAACAACAAAAGCAAGCAGCCGACUCUUGAUUGAGAGUAAGCAUUUUGAAGCCAAAGAUUUUAAAGGGAUGCUGAUCAGAGCAGCACCUGAAAGAGACUAAAACUUCCCCUUCAGGCUUUGGAGCCUGGGACAUUUAGUCAGAACAAGCAUGCCCGUUUUAGCCUCCUAACUUUCGGACAGAAAAAAAGACGUGGAGAAAAAUCACUGAGGCUACCUGACCCCGGAGGGGAAAGCAAUUCAGCUCGGGUUUGAAUCCACGGGGCGCAGGAUGAACUCUACUCCUCAGCACGGAAUGUACACUGCCCCCCACUUCUGGAACCGCAGCACCCACGGACUGCACGGCGAUGCCCCAAGUCCUGGGAAAGGCUACUCUGAUGGAGGCUGCUAUGAGCAACUUUUUGUCUCUCCCGAGGUGUUUGUCAGUCUGGGGGUCAUCAGCUUGCUGGAGAACAUCCUCGUGAUUGUGGCCAUAGCCAAGAACAAGAACCUACACUCCCCCAUGUACUUUUUCAUCUGUAGCCUGGCCGUGGCUGAUAUGCUGGUGAGCGUUUCCAACGGAUCAGAAACCAUUGUCAUCACCCUGUUAAACAGUACAGACACCGACGCCCAGAGUUUCACAGUGAAUAUUGACAAUGUCAUUGACUCCGUGAUCUGUAGCUCCUUGCUCGCGUCAAUCUGCAGCCUGCUUUCCAUCGCAGUGGACAGGUACUUUACUAUCUUUUACGCUCUCCAGUACCAUAACAUCAUGACGGUUAAGCGCGCUGGUAUUAUCAUCAGUUGUAUCUGGGCGGCUUGCACCGUGUCGGGCGUUCUGUUCAUCAUUUACUCCGACAGCAGUGUGGUCAUCAUCUGCCUCAUCAGCAUGUUCUUCACCAUGCUGGCUCUCAUGGCCUCGCUCUACGUCCACAUGUUCCUCAUGGCCAGGCUUCACAUGAAGAGGAUCGCCGUGCUGCCAGGUACGGGCACCAUCCGCCAAGGCGCCAACAUGAAGGGGGCGAUCACCUUGACCAUAUUGAUUGGGGUCUUUGUUGUCUGCUGGGCCCCAUUCUUCCUUCACUUAAUAUUCUACAUCUCUUGUCCCCAGAAUCCAUACUGUGUGUGCUUCAUGUCUCACUUCAACUUGUAUCUCAUACUGAUCAUGUGCAAUUCCAUCAUUGACCCUCUGAUUUAUGCACUCCGGAGCCAAGAACUGAGGAAAACCUUCAGAGAGAUCAUCUGCUGCUAUCCUCUAGGAGGGCUUUGUGAGUUGUCUAGCAGAUAUUAAAUGGGGACAGAGGAGAUACUGAAAACAUGCGUAAGAGACGUUUCCAUUCCUUUGCAACCUGAACAGUGUGCUUCAGCCACAGCUUUUCCUUCUGGGGAGGGCACUGGUGGAGAAUAUCCAUUGUAUACAUUUAAGUUUAUGAUUUUUGAGAUGGGAAAAUGCCUGGUCUCUGUAUAUUCUUAAUGUCAUGCUACUCUUUGCCUGUACAAUGUGAAUCCAUAUUAUAGGUUGUAGACACUGUGGAUUUACAAAAAAAGAAAAA